CACACACUUGGAGAAGAAGGAGGAGGAGGUCGAGAGAAUUGGAUAUAUGUGACUCUACAUUAGCAGGGGGUUUUCUCUUAAACGCUCACAGCCCCCCUAAACACUGAAGAAGAGACGAGCUUUGGGAUUGGGCAGCGACCAGAUAUCGUAACACCCCCCCCCCCUCCUCCUCGUCGUCCUCCUCCUCCUCCUCCUCUCUGUUGAGAAUUGCGUUAAAACGAAAAGAGGAAAAAGGCCUGCGCUUUACCUAAAUCAUUUUUUUUAAACCCCCCCCUCCCUCCUUUUUUUUAUAGAUUAAACGAGGAAGCGUUGCUGGUUGGUGUAUGUGUUUAGAAUGGGACACGCUGAAGGUCCAGUCAAAGAAAAAGACAGUUAAGGAUGCAGGAGCCCAACAAUGGAUUUCUCCUUCUCUUUCAUGCAAGGGAUCAUGGGAAAUACAAUUCAGCAACCCCCUCAGCUCAUUGACUCAGCCAACAUCAGACAGGAAGGCACCUGUGACACCGGCAGUGACCCGGGCGAGGAUGGUGGACCCUCCUACGAUGCUGCCCUGGAUGAGUUUUCCUACCCGUCGUCGGCCCCAGAGGACAUGUCACAGGUCUCCAACGGCUAUCCGCCGGGGCUGGGCAUGUACGAGCCGCAGGCCAAGUUCUCCAUGUACUCCCAGUUCCCCAACGGCUCGGCUAACGGCUACGGGGCGAUACGGAGCUAUGCAGAGCACGGCCUCCUGCCAGGGGAGGCGACGGUCCUGAGAGGGCCGGGCCUCCAGGAGAGACCUUUGUCCCCCGUGUCCCCCCCUUUGCCAACACAUCACCCACAUCUCCUACACCACCAUCAUCUACCCCAUCACCACCACCAUGCGCACCACUUCCACUCCAACCCACCUCACAUACAAACCCACUCCCACCCACAGAGUCCUCCUCCGCCCCCGCUGCCCCCCCAGCACCACCUCGCCCAGACGCCUCAUAUCAUGACCCACACUCUGCCCCCGCCUCCUCCACUGCACCUCCCUUCCUCCAGUCCUCCCCCCUCCCUCGUGGACAGUACCCCUUCCUCUCAGCCCUCCCACGCUCCGUCCAUCACCCCUGGUGGGGUCCUGAAGAAAACCAGCUCCCCAGAGAUCAAGCUGAAGAUCAUAAAGACGUAUCAGAACGGAAAGGAGCUGUUUGAAUCUGCUCUGUGUGGAGACCUGCUGCAAGAACUGCAGAAGAACGAUGACGCGCCGAUGCAGCCCAGACAUGAGAGGAAGAAGGAGAAGAGGAAAAAGAGUGCGCGUCUGCAGCUGCAGGUCCAGGAACAGAAGCUGGACCAGAGCCAACCACAGACAGGUACCACGGAGCAGACAGAGGACAUUCACAUCCAGCCCCAGCCGACGGAAACAACCCCGGUUCAGACAGAGAAGCCUCAGAAGACCAUCAUCAAAACAGAACCAAAGACGCCCAAGGUUCCCAAGGUCCAUCAUCCAUCAGUGAUCCAGGAGACGGGCUUCUGCAAGGAGUUUGUGAUAGGAGAUCUGGUGUGGUCCAAGGUCGGCACAUACCCCUGGUGGCCCUGCAUGGUCUCAUCUGACCCGCAGAUGAAGGUCCACACUCGCAUCAACACCAGAGGUCACAGGGAGUAUCAUGUCCAGUUCUUCGGCAGUGUGGCUGAGCGCGCCUGGAUCCAUGAGAAGAGGAUCGUCGUGUACCAGGGGAAGAAACAGUUUGAUGAUCUUCAGGCUGAGACGCUUCGCAAGACCUCGAACCCCGUGGAGAAAAGCAAACUUCUGAAGCCCAUCCCUCAGAGAGAGCGCUCUCAGUGGGAGGUGGGAGUGGGCCAUGCCGAGGACGCCUUUGUAAUGACAAAGCAGGAGAGAAUCGACAACUACACCUUCAUCUAUGUCGACCCGGAGCCGGCUGAAGCCCCGCCUAGCAAGAAACCCAACAUCAGAGCGGAGAAACGAAACCGCCGCUCCAGUGGCUCAUUCAGCAAGAAGGAAGACGGAGGAGUGAAGUCACCUGAAAGAGAGCAGCCGCCACGCCGGCAGCUCCCACGCCGACAGUGCAGUAUGUCCAACACGGAGGACAAUGCACACUCCCAAGCCUCGAAUGAAGACAAGAACCAGAAGGGGGACCAACUAAAGACUUGCUCUCCGAAACAAAACUCCGGUGGUGAGGCUCGAACACGUCAGGACUCACCGCCUCCGGUCAGAGCCUGGAAAACAGCGGCUGCCAGAAAGCUGCUACCUCUCUCCAUCACCAUGAAGAGGCUGAACGUGGAGAUCACAAAGUGUGACUGGCCUCUCUUGCAGAAGAAAGCUGCGACGUCUCCAAAAAAAGACAAAGAGGAGGAGGAAGAAGAAGAGGAGGAAGAGGAAGAAGAAGACGAAGAGGAGGAGGAGGAGAAGGAGGAGGAGCAAGUGGAGCAAGAGGCCAGGCAGCCCGACCUGGGAUACUGCUCGCCUGAGGACAGAGCUAAACCUGAGCCCAGUCCUGAGGAGGAGGAGGAGGAUGGGGAUGAGGGGGAGGAAGACGGGGACGAAAGGAGAGGCUCCCCCGCCAGUCGCAGGAGUGAGGAGGGAGGAAUGCAGCAGACCUCCUCUCCUGGAUCACACCACAGUAGUCCUCACAGUUCUCAGGAGAGGAAGCUGCAGCGGCGAUCAGUCAGGAGCAGGUCUGAGUCAGAGAGAGGAUCAGAUCCCGUCCCCAAGAAGAAAACCAAAAAAGAACAGGCUGAGAUGGCUCCUGAGACCAUGCUCCUGAGGACAGGUUCACAGAAAGGGGCCAGUGAGAUCUCAGACGCCUGCAAGCCUCUGAAGAAGCGAAGCAGAGCGUCAACAGAUGUGGAGAUGGCUUCUUCUCAGUAUAGAGACACCUCCGAUUCAGACUCGAGAGGCCUCAAUGACCCCCAGGGUUUGUUUGGGAAGAGUCUUGAUAGUCCGGCGGCGGCAGACGCUGAUGCUUCAGACACUCAGUCUGUGGACUCGGGUUUGUCCCGCAAGGACAGCAGCACCGGCAAAAGAGACACCGUCUGCCAGAUCUGUGAGACGUACGGGGACGGUUUGGUGGUGUGUGAAGGUGAAUGCAGCAGACAGUUUCACCUGGAUUGUCUCGGUCUCUCGUCCCUACCUGAAGGCAGAUACGUCUGUUUGGAAUGUAGAAAUGGCAAUCAUCCUUGUUUUAGCUGUAAGACUUCGGGCCGGGAGGUGACACGAUGCUCUGUCUCUGGAUGUGGUUGCUUCUACCACGAAGACUGUGUUCAGAAACUCCCAGGAACCACCAGCAGUCAGGGUGGAGGCUUCUGCUGCCCUCAGCACAGCUGCUCUACCUGCUGCCUGGAGAGAGACCUACAACGAGCCAGUAAAGGCCGUCUGAUGCGCUGUAUCCGCUGUCCGGUGGCCUAUCACACAGGAGACGGCUGCGUGGCUGCAGGCAGCGUCGCCCUCACCCAUCACAUCAUGAUCUGCAGCAACCACGGCAGCACCAAGAAGAACGGCCUCCUCAGCUCCCCCGUCAACGUGGGCUGGUGCUUCCUGUGUGCCCGAGGGCUGUUAGUGCAAGACCUUACUGACACCAUAUUAAGUUCAUAUGCCUAUAAGUCCCACUACCUUCUGACUGAGUCAAAUCGUGCUGAGUUGAAAUUACCUAUGAUUCCCUCUCCUUCGUCAGCUACCAAAAAGAAUGUUGGGAAAGGAGGCAAGUUGCUGUGCUGCGACUCAUGCCCGGCGUCCUUCCACCCGGAGUGUCUGGAGAUUGAGAUGCCGGAGGGGGCGUGGUCCUGCAGUGAUUGCAGGGCAGGGAAGAAGCCUCACUACAAACAGAUUGUCUGGGUCAAACUGGGCAACUACAGGUGGUGGCCGGCUGAAAUCUGCAACCCUCGCUUGGUGCCAUCAAACAUCCAGAGCCUUCGCCAUGACGUUGGCGACUUCCCCGUCUUUUUCUUCGGCUCCCACGACUACUACUGGAUCAACCAGGGCCGCGUCUUCCCCUACGUGGAGAACGAUAAAAACUUUGUCACGGGUCAGAUCAACAUCAACAAAACCUUCAAGAAAGCUCUGGAAGAAGCAGCACGGCGGUUUCAGGAGCUCAAGGCGCAGAGGGAGAGCAGGGAGGCUUUAGAGCAGGAGCGCAACUCUCGAAAACCUCCACCCUACAAAUUCAUUAAGUCUAAUAAACCAGUGGGGAAAGUCCAAGUGCACAUAGCCGACUUGUCAGAAAUCUCACGAUGCAACUGCAGACCCGCAGAUGAUCAUCCUUGCAGUCUCCACUCCCAGUGUUUGAACCGCAUGCUGCAGUACGAGUGUCAUCCACAGGUGUGUCCUGCAGGAGACAACUGUGAGAACCAGUGUUUCUCAAAGCGGCUGUAUGCGGAGACGGAGGUGGUAAAGACAGACGGCCGGGGCUGGGGCCUCAGGACCAACCAGGCUCUCAGGAAAGGUGACUUUGUGACAGAGUACGUGGGAGAGGUGAUCGACUCGGAGGAGUGCCAGCAGCGAAUCAAACGUGCCCAUGAAAAUCACGUGACCAACUUCUACAUGCUCACCCUCACCAAGGAUCGUGUGAUCGACGCCGGCCCAAAAGGAAACUCUUCUCGGUUUAUGAACCACAGCUGCAGCCCAAACUGUGAAACGCAGAAAUGGACGGUGAACGGAGAUGUUCGCAUCGGACUCUUCGCCCUCUGUGAUAUCGAGGCCGACACAGAGCUGACAUUCAACUACAACCUGCACUGUGUGGGAAACAGGAGAGCGUCCUGCAACUGUGGCUCAGACAACUGCUCGGGGUUCCUCGGGGUGCAGCCAACGAGCGCUGUGGUGAUGGAGAAAGAGGAGAAGGCGAGGAAUGCCAAGCUGAAGCCGAAGAAGAGGAAGCUGCGACUGGAGAGCAAACACACACACGAGUACUUCUGUUUUUGGUGUGGAGAGGGAGGGGAGCUGGUGAUGUGUGACAGGAAGGACUGUCCUAAAGCGUAUCACCUGCUGUGUCUCAACCUCACCAAGCCGCCAUACGGACGUUGGGAGUGUCCUUGGCAUGACUGCAGCAUUUGCGGCUCCCCGGCCUCAUCCCUCUGUGACUUCUGCCCUCGCUCGUUCUGCCAGGAUCACGAGACGGGGGCCCUCACCUCCUCCUCCCUCGAAGGACGCCCCUGCUGCUCCAGUCACAACCCUGCCAAUCCCCUGGGCUCUGAGUGCGGCCCUGAGCCCGGCUCGACCCAGCGGCGCCGCUCCGCUCUGAGCCCCGUCAGGGUGAAAGAGGAGCCCGAGCAAGUGAUGCCGGACACAGAGUGACGCGGCAGCUCCCUCAAUACCUCAUUCCCUGUAAAGUGUACGUCUAUUGGUCUCCUCGGCUCCAAUCCACCUCUGAUCUGAAGCAGUGCACUAAAAAAAGGGAAGACAGUGCUUUUUACCGACGUGACGGCCCAGUUCAGAGAGGAGACAAUGAACACCUCAGUGCUGUUUGUGGUGCGAGCAGAGCGAUGGAGUGUCUGCAGAAAAAGAAAAAAAACUGUCCAGGCUUCAGUGUGCGCCAUCCUCCCUCCUCUUCUUACCAUAAAACACCACUAAUGGUCUCUACAGCUCUCUAAAGCCCAGACACCCACGCCAUCAUGUUUCCUUUUUUGUAUUUUUUACAGCGGUGGAAAUUUUAAGUGUUGUCACAUUGUCAUUAACUGGCACUUUGAAGAACUCAACGAGUGAGGUGGAGAGAAGAGGAGGCAGGGGAGAUUCUGAACCUCUACACCACCGCGCUGCUCCUCUGCGUGUUUACCUGCUGUAUGCUGUGAUCGGCAUCUCACACACACACACACACACACACACACACACACACACGAUGGCUGUACGGAGAGGAUUCAACUAUUAUUCCUCCUCCACAGCAGAUCUUCACUCCUGACGUGGUCUGUCAUUGUAUUCAUCUCUUCUUCUUUGACAAAAGGAAGCUGGAGGAAAUGACCGGUUUAGUGCAAUUUUUUUCAGGACCACACUACAUUCCAAUCUUCCUUAGACAUGGUUUCACAUACUUAUGGGUAUAGAUGAAUAUAAUUAUAUACAGUAUCUAUGUUUGUUAAUGUUUACAGACAGAUUCUCUCACUUCAUCUUGGUGAGUGGUGUAUUAUGUUUGUUUGUUUAGGUGUUUAAACAUUACACAGACCUCCUUGUGAAAAUAGUCCUAUUAAGGUGAAAUAUAAUGGUAUAUAGUGUAAUGGUAUGACAUUACAGAAGUACUUGUGACUUUCAUAUUGCCAGUCUCACUCGCCAUUGUGUACAUAAUUGGCUCAUAAUAUUGUAAAGUACUUAAAGAUCAGGAGGGACGAAGAAGGAAAAAACACUUUUUUAAAACCAGAAACUGAUCCUUUUUUUAUUUGAAUCUCUCCGUAGUUUUGAUUUCCUCUGAGCAGUUUCUGUUGUUUGUAUGGUAGACGAGGAGCUCAGCUUGUAAUCACUGGUGCUGUCUUUUAAGUAUUGUUUAUCAGCCUUCUGUUCAGUUCUGUCUGUAGGAGAUGCUGCACCCAUGCAGUCCGUUUUCAGUUACUUCCUGUACUGUGACCGCUUUCAGGCUUGUUUUUGAUUUUGUGAUUUUUUUUAACUCCAUAUUUUUUUGAUUGCCAAACUUUUCUGAAAAAGCACUUUUACACAGCUUGUCGCAUCACAACUUAGGUAGGUCAUACAUUUACAAAAAUGUAAAGUAAAAGAACAUAAGACAAGUGUUUCAAAUGGAUACCUCUAAUCCUCGUAGUAACGUCGGGAUUUAAACUGUGUUGUAACUUUUUUCCUCAAGGUCAGAAACGUUGCUGGGCGUUGGUUGGGCGUUUUUUUUUUUUUUUUUUUCUGAGGAAGUGGCCUAAAAUGCUGGGGUGUUUUUCUUUUUCUUUUAUUUUUUUGGGCACAAGAUGGAUAGACUGCCAGCCUGGCUUCAAACAAAGACUCCUGGAAAGGGGCUUCUUCAUUUCCCACCUGAAGAACAUGCUAAAGGCUGGGCUUUUAUAAAAAGACGUAAUGGUGUAACAACAGUCCUGUUCAGUAUAAUGUAUAAUAUUCAAACUUCUGUACAGUGUUUUUAAAUCUCUCAUCUGUCAAAUCUGAAUUUUUUCUAUUUAUAGCACCACAUUUUAUACCUGUUACUUUCUCAAACACCAGUGCAGUCAUUUUUCUUCCCCUCCACCACAGUGAAAGUGAAAUAGACUAUUAAAAACAUGGGGAGUUAUACAUUAGGCUAUAUAUAUAUAUAUCUGUAUUUAGUCAUUGCAUACGUUUUGUUUCUAUACAUUUGGUGUAAUGAUUCCACAUUUGGUGACAGCCGCUGCUCUUCGCCCUGUAUCGUGACUCACAGUAAUCGGUGUUAAAAGCGGUGUGAAGCAGUUAAAUAUAGGAAUGUCAAGAUUCAGUUUCUUCUUCUUUUUUUUUUUUUACCCUGCACUCAAGUGAACAUAACAGGAGGACGGUUAUCUGUUAGUCAUGCCACAGCCUUUUGCUCAGUCACAUUAAUAUUUCUCCUUUAGUGGUUUCUGCCCCUGUUUUUUUUUGUUGUUGUUUUUUUUUUUAAAAGCUACCAUAGUGAUGUGUUAAAAGUCAAGCCCCAGACUGAAACAGUGCCAAUAUUUCCAAACAAGUCUUUAUAUGUGCAAGGUUUUUUUUUUUUAAGUGCAUUGACUUUUACAUGAAGCUGCUAAUGUAUUUUGUCCACCUGGCUGAAACACACAACAGUCCUGUUGGAAACCUUCUGGACUCCUACAAAAUCCAGACUUCAUUUUAAUCGGUGUUGAUGUUACCUGACCCGGGCUUUUUUUAGUGGAUGUAGGUUGUGGUGUUUUUAAAUUGUUUACCUUCUUUAUAUCACUGCAGGAGGGUUAAUAACACAACACUUCACUGUAACGCAUCAGGACAGUCGAACCUGAACCUUCAAAUCCCCUCUUUUAAACUGUUCAUGUAAAAAAUGAAACGUAUUACCUAUGUGACUGUGGAAUUGUUGGCAGGACUGUCGUAUUUACCAGCAUUACUUUUAAUUGAAGGCGUCUCUAAACUGGCAGCUUUAGGGUAAAUAGUAUGAAAUAAAAGACUAAAGAAAUACAAAAAGAAGGGGAGCCAGUGAAUCCUGAAAAGUGACAGAUUCCAGCUUUCAUUAGGAGGACAUCUUGAGCUGGAAUAGUUAUUUGUGCCUGAUAUGAUUAUUCCUCUGAAAAGUUCUAAACAAAUCUAAGAAAAGUUAGAUAUUAAACAUUUCUGGACACAAGAUAUCGUCUGCUUCCCUCAACACUCCAUUCUCAGUUUUUUGACUUUUAAUAUCACAUUUGUGUAGAUGACUCUGAUUUAAGGUGAGCACAGAGAAACUUCCCUUUUUCGGGAUAUGAUUCACUCAUUUUAUUUGAACUUCUACUCUAAUUGUCUGCACACAUCCUUUUGCACAGUUAAGGUCGAACAUUUUGGGAAAGUAGAAUUUGAUUUGGACUUGAGGGGUGUGUUGAUUUUGCAAACAAUGCACAGAAACAGGAUGCAAUGCUUUCGUUUUUAUCAAAUGUUCUCACUUUUCUACAUUACUCAUUAUUAUGUCGUGGAUUCUGACCUUUGACCUCCUACAUUUGCCAAACUGUUUGUAUUCAGAGAUGCUCCCCCCCCCCCUCAGUAGUCAGUCAUGGGCUUGGGACACUUUAGUACUUGUUCAGUAUCAGGGUAGGUACAUCAUUUAGGCCCUUUUACUUAUUUGUCCUUUACAAACUCAAAGAGUCAAACUUGAAUUUUAUUUCAUUUCAAAGAUUUCAGGCAUACGUGAUCAUCAGACUGCAGGACUCCUUGACUUUUGUUCUGUUGUGAAAAAGAAAUUCAGACUGAUUUUUUUUUUUUAACUUUACGACUCUUCUGAAAGUAUUUUUCUUUCACUUUGAGGUGGCUGAAAUGCAUGCUUCCAACAUCAGACACUGAUUUUGUUGGAGAGUCUUAAACUGCCUGAUUUAAUGCCAAUGUUUGUUUUUAUUUGUGUUCCUUUUAUUUUUUUGUUCACCAUGUUGCAUAGAGAUUGUGUAUAACGGCCUUUAUUUUCUUUGUUUGCACCUGCAGAUCGCAUGAUCAUGCAUCACCUUGUGCCAGUCUGUCCUCUUCUGCCCUUGUCAGCAGCAGUAUUACAUAGUUUGACUGUCCCAGCUUGCAUCAUUUCCUUCACUUAAAAAAAAGUUAUCUGAUGUGUUUGUUAGUUUGUCACGAUAGUUCCCACAUUUGUUUUCUUUCAGAGACAGCAUGUUUGUUCUCAUUUGAGUGACCAUCAAUCCGUUGAGGAGGUUUUUUUUUUUUUCAAAGUGUACAGGAAUUUGCUGAUUAUUCAUAUUUUUUGUACACACUCAAAAUUUAGGAUGGACCACGACCUCCCUUUGUUUGUACAAGAGUAUGUUUCAUUUUUCACUGUGACGUCUUUUGGUUUUUGUGCAAUGUUGCCGACUGUCGUUACGUUUUCAAGUUGACAUGCUGUCAAAGGAGAAAUAGUGUUGAAAUAAAUAAUGAAAUUCACCUCUGUGAGCACUCAUCAUCUCUUUUUUACUCGUAGUAAACUUACUUACAGUAACUCUAACUGGGGUCAUAUCUAUCUCUCUUGGUGUUGCUUCUAUGAAAAAGUGGAUGAACACAAAAUACCAUGUUGAUUACUGUUUAACCUGUGUUACUGCAUAUUGUUGAAGAACCUGUAAAUAGUUUGCAUUGAACUUGCAUAGGAUCAUGUUACUGUGGCGUGCUCUUUUUGCCUGUACAUUUCUGCUUCUAAAUGUGUGUGACUGUUGAGACAACACUCUUUUUGUACAUGACUGUCUUUUUAUUUGAGAAUAUUGAUUCUGUCCUUUUUUCAUUCUAAAGUUGAGUUUGAAGAGUUCAGACAUGCCUGAAGUUUGACUUUAAUAAAGCUGUACUCUGUCUCAGUGAAA